UGUAGUUGAUGACGAAAGUGGAAUUUAGGCAUCUGCUAUUGCUCAAUAGGCCAUAGGCCAGGUUUACAGAAUAUUGAUUCAAACUGGAUUGCACAAACAGAAACAUCAUGUGAAUCGGAUGAACAUAUUUUUUCACAUGGUCAAAAAGUAUUCCUUAAUUUGAAGUGUUUUAAUAACGCUUGGCUAUCGACUGAAGAUGUGUUUGGGCCACUGGUUGUUUCACUACAGCAAUCCGACACAUUAAAUGCAAAAUUAGCGUUUAUUCCACUAAGUGAGAAAGAUAAUAGACAUUUUACUGGUCCAGUGUUAAAUUUGCCGGUGCAAUCAAAUCACUCGUGCCUCCAGUUUAAAUGGAAUGGAUUUACAGACCUGUCUGGUAUUGUGCAUUAUGAAUACCGAGUAUACCAAGAUGAACACGUUGUCCUUAAGGAAUGGGAGAAAACUGUUAAAGACAUGGUUAAAAUAGAAAAUAUUGAUUUGAUAAAUGGGGAAGUCAUUGCAGAAGUCAGGGCUAUUAACAAGGGGUCAUAUAUCAGCGACUCUGUAAAUGCUUCACUUUUUGUUGCCAAGUAUCCUCCAAAAUUAUCAGGAAUUUCAGCUAAAUUUUCGAGAAAUGGAGCUGAGAAACUACAUUUAAGUUGGGCUGACGUAUUUAAUAUUGAACCUAGUAUUCAGUUUUCAUUUGGUCUUACAAUAGGUACGAGAAAAGGAUAUACAGAUGUCCUCGAAAUACAUUAUAUCAGUGAUGAUAACAUUGAUGUGCCAAUACCUAGAUCUACGAUCAUUACACCUAUAGUGAAGGAAGUCUUCAUAUCGAUCGACUGUAUCUAUGAGACUGGACUACGAGCUACAUAUGCUACUAUUUACAAGCUUGCUUGACAUUUAAAGGCAAAUUAUGCUUUAGAAACGAGUUCUUUUUCUAGUUUUGGAAUAGUAACCCAUUUUUUAAUAAUAAUUUUAGAGCAUCUAAGACGCUUAUCACUUCAAAAGAGUAGCAGUGAAUGUGAAAAUAUUUGCCAUAAAAGUAGUGAAAUGAAAACAAGAUAGUAUUUUGACUUCCAUACAAUAUACUACAUCUCUUUAAUCAGUGUACUAAUUGCCAGAUAGACACAUCGGACGCAAACCAUGAUUCAGGUCCAAUAAGUAGAUAUAGAAAAGAAUAACAGUACACAAAAUUUUAAAAAUGAAAAUAAAAAGUAAAAAGGACAUCGGCAUACAGAACUGUUCAUGUUAUGUUUAGGAUUUCCCCUUUUGUAAAAUAGUUCUUGAUUCGUGUUUAAAAUUACUUUGAUAUAGGGUUAAGUAUAUUAUAUUAUAUCUGUUCAUUUAUCAUAUUCAAACCUGUAACAACUGACUGAUUUUAUACUAAUGUGUUCUUAUUUUAUUUUAAAAGGUUUAUUAUCAUUAGGAGAUAAUUCAGAAUAUUUUGAAAUCAUUUUUACUCACUGAGCCUUGAAUUUUAUUCUAUGUUCUUAAAAUGCUUUAUUUAAACUGAUAGUAUGCUCAUUUUUGUUUCACUAUUAAGCUAAGAUAAAUGAGUUGUGUAUAACAAAAGUGAUUCAAUAUGAUUGCAUAACAUAGUAUCUAUGCGUAAGAAAGCUAGAACAAGUCGAUAUAAUAUGUAUGUUUAGUUUAGAUAUUUCUAUUUUGUUACCAUGUAUUUAAAAUUUAUUAAAUACUGAUUACAGAGAGUUUUUAAAAAAGAUUUACAAGCUUCGUACCUAAUCCGUAAAUUUUAUUUUAUGUACCUUAUUAUGUAAAUGUAUGCAUUAUAAAUAAAAUAUUGUUUAAACUAACAUUUAUUAUGAUAUUUUUUAUUUUCUUAUUUCUUUUAUUAUUAUUACUCAUUUCACAUUUUAUAAGUGUAAUUAUUUCAUAUUAGUAGCUAAUAUACAAAUACGUGUUCUUACUGCACAUUAUGCUUUACUUUGCUAUUCACAGGAAAACAUUAACAUAAAUCUUUGACUUCUUUUCAAUCCUGUAUUAUACCAUGUUGUACAUAGUUGUAUAUAUCGGAACUGUAUGAAAUAAAUUCUGAAUAAAUCUAAAGAUUGGCACUCAUAAUUGCUAUUGUACAAUAAGUUGUAAUUACAAAUGUUUAGGAUAAAAACUUCCUAAAAUAUAAAAAAAUACUGUCCAACACUUUUUGUAAAUUGAACAUUAUCGAUAAUUUCCGAAGAUAUUUAUGAGGGUCACGGGGGUUAUUGACUACCCGGGUCACGUAUAUUAUGAAACUAAAAACAAAUAUGACCACAUGAUAAGUAUAUUCUAUUUAAUCUGAACACUCGUCCACUUUUUUAUAGGCGUAAUGUCACUUUAUUUGAUUAACAUGUCACAUAAAACGACUUUUUAAAAUAUAAAUAUAUUUACAAAUGCAGGAAACCUAUCUUUAAAAGUAUCAUCGAUAUCAUUACUGCAUUUAAAUCUAUCUUUACAAUUGAAUAGCGUUAAGACUCUAAAUUUAGACGUCAUAUUUCGUUAAUGUUUAGCUUGUGUAUACAUGUAUAUUGCAUUCAUUAUAACAAAAUAAACAUUUUUUUAUAG